UCACCGAUAACCUGUUUCCUUAAUCAAAGCGAGUAUCAAUUGCGCGUACACUUUGGCAUCUAUUAUAUUUCAGAGUGUUUUAGAGCGAUAUAAAUGACUUCUUUAAUAUCGUCAUACUUUCACGAUCAGUUUGUAAUCAGGAGAAUGACCUGGCUGUAGGAACAGUUCGGAAAAGUUCGAAAAGUUCAAAAUCCGAUAAAAUUAUAAUACGACAGUAAUGCCAUCGUUGGGCGCGUGCUGGAAAUUCGUCCAUCGUUGAUUUUACGGGCUGUCAAUAAUAUUUUAUUUAAAUACUUCAGUAGUAGAUACAACGUUUUAGUGUGCCGAAUAGAGCAGUUCAAGUAGUAUGUAUAAAGGUUUAGCGCGUGUUGCGUGUCGCUCAAGCGUUGAAUCUAUUUACGUAGUAGGAAGGAAAUUAAAUCGUGGCGUUUUAAUCAGAUUAAAUACAUAUAUUUUUAGAGAUCAAUUCUAAUCGAGCAUAUUUUGAUACGUUAGAAAAGUAAUAAAGACGAAUAUUUCAUCAGUAUUUAGCGUGGUAAGUGCGGAAGCUUUGAGAGGCAUUUAACGCUGACGCGCAAAAACAUCCGACAAUUCCAAUUGCCUUAUAUUUCAUUUCUAAUUAAAGUGCAAUCAAAGUGAAUACAAUAUAAUGCAUCAGGAGGAAAACAAGCAUAAAUCUCCUUUAGAAUCAUGCAACAUGUCGCCACAGAAAUUACAGCGAUUCCUAAAGACCGGCGGAUCCGAAGGAAGAGACGUGAGAUCUCGCACACAUCCAUUAAAACGAACACUGGAUUCUACUCCCCAUAAUAGUCCUCAGAAACGCUCCAAGACGCCCGAAAGUCGCGAAUCAAUUAAGAAAGAUGAGAAAUUACAAGUUGAGAGCGGUUCCAGCUAUCGAAAGAGUGAAUCAUACCAUCAUGAGAAUACUGAGAAAAUUAAUAAACCAUGUACAAGCGGAAAAUUUGUCAACACGUUAAUAGAACAAUGGUCAAAGCACAUGGGUGUUGAGAAUCCAUUUGUGCAGACAAUAACGUCGCAAGAGAGUCCAAUAGUAGACGAAAUGAAACGGAAGCUCAUUAUGGAGGAGCGAAAGAUUCAAUUGCUCACGAAAAAGUUGAAAACCGCUGAGGAAACCAUAUCCUCUCUCUCAGCUUCGCGCGAAGCUGAAGCACAGUCAAAGGAAGAAAUUUUUAAACAAUUGAACAGCGACUGGGAAUCGAUAACCAAUUAUUAUGCUGAAAUAUCUCAGAGCUUGAAGGGAUUUCAACAACAUAAAGAUAAUUUGUAUAAGCUAUACAACAAUAUUACGGUUAUGCAAGAGACAGCAGUAAAGAAAUUGCAACAAGAAUUAAAUACUAUGAAAUUAAAGGACGACGAACGAAAGAACAUUUGUGCAGCAGCAGAAAAUACUGUUUUAAUUCAAGAAAAAAGAAUACAUGAAAUGAUGAUCGCGGAGGCUGAAUUCAAGAAACUAUUGGAGAACGUCAAGAGCGAGUCAGUUUCCGAGAAAAAUCGUUUACAAAAUGCUCACGCGGAAGAAAAAGUAGAAUUAAUGAAGAAACAAGAAAAGCUCACGUCGACGAACAUUGAAUUACAAGGGCAAAUACAAAAUGUCGUUGACGAAAAGCAAAAUUUAACCGAAUUGCUGAAAGAGAAAGAUAAAGAAAUCUCAGCUCUGCAACAAGAUAUUUCUACAUUCAAAAAUAAGAUCGAGAAUCUGUUGAGUCAGAUUGCAGAUUUAAGUUUUAAAUAUGAGAAAUCGGUUGAAGAAACGACGGUAUUUAAAAAGGAAUUAGAGUCCAAAAUGCAAGAAAUCGAUAAAUUCAGAGAAAAUUUAAGAACCAGACAAGAAGUAGAAAGUAGUUUAGCCAAAGAUCUUGAUAUGAUCAAUACAAAGUAUAUAAAGGCAAGUAAUGAUUUUGCAACUAUGGAAAAUAAGUUAAAAGAUAUGGAAGCUCGUAACUCAGCAUUACAAAAGAAAAUAUACGAUAUGACGAACACGACUGAACGCGAAAUCGCGGAAUUAAAAAGAGACAUUGAAUUUAUGGAAAAAGAGAAGAAAAAAAUACUUUCCGAAAAACGUACGAAAAUUCAGGAACAAGAGAACUCAAUUAAAUUGAUGGAAGAAAACUAUGAAACCGAACUAGCGUACUUGAAAAAGGACUUUGAUGCCAAACUGUCUGAAAUGAAGUAUCAGGCUGCGAAGUUCAGUAACGAUGACACAUUAAGCAAGAUGGGUGAAGAAACCAGAAUGACCAAAAGGAAUGAGGCUAAAGAAAAUAAAGCCCGUAACACAGAAAGUCGACCAAAACAACAGCAAUUACAAGCAGAAAAAAUGUCCAGUACACCAAAGAUUACAUCAAGAUCUGAAGAAAUAGUGGCUCACGACGAACAAGAUAUAUAUAGUUUUACCACUCAGAAAAUUAGUGGCACGGUAGACAAAGUUCCUGACUAUAAAGAAAAUUUGUUUUUAAGAUCACAAAGAAGUCAAGAAACUGAAUAUGAGGGUCUUACCAGUACGCAGAAGAAGAAAAGGAUUUUUAAAACGCGCGAGACUGGAUUAAGACAGUAUACAUCUACAAAAAAAAUAAUUAAAAAAUAAGGUUUUCUAGGAAGUUUGUAUAAAAUCAACUCUUCAUAAAACAAUAACAUUCUUUAAUACUAAAUAACAACUUUUGUAACAGUACACCAUAAUCAAUAAAGCAUAAAUAACACUUUGAAACGUUAAA